AUGGAUGUCGACCUCAAUAUUGAACUUCUUGAGAUUCCAGAGUUCCGACUCGAAUUUCAAUUCGAUGGUUUAGAGGUGUACAUGCUCGUCGACACAGUAUUAUCUGCAGGGGCCACCUAUACGCUGAGCUUGUAUACCUCUACUACACCUGCAGGGUUUGCAGUUCGUCACAACCUGGAAGUUGGUGUCAUCUUUACCAUCGACCUGAUUGUGUCUGUAGAAGGUGAGAUUGACAUCAGCACCGGAUUCCAUCUAAAGCUAGAUGAUGGGGUUACGAUUGAACUUGGCAUAUUCUCUAAGGAGAUAUCAAAUAUGGUUAUCAAUGGUGGCGAGUUUGAAUUUCUCCCAGUCUCUGUCGAGAGUGCUGGUGUAGUGUUCAAGGCUGUCCUUCGUGUGGGGAUACAAGCAGGUUUCGAAAUAUCAUCAUCCGACGUGUCCAUUGCCGGGAAAGACAUAUUUCGUAUUGGUGCGGGCAUUGAAACGGGCGUUUAUGCUAACAUCGCCGAGCUGAUCACUAAUGUCACUCUUUCCACGGACGGGGACGACCAAUGCGGUAUUCGCGUCGCGGAAGCAUAUCAAUUUGCUGUCGGAGCUACUGCAGGAGCUUCGAUUGCCAUUGAAGAUAUCACGUGGGGACCAGCUGUCGAAACUGAAGUUCCUAUAUUUUAUACUACGUUGGCACAAGCUUGUGCCAUGCAAAGAAGCAGUGGCACGAUAUCUGCAUCGAAGGCAACUCUGACAUCUGCCGCCCUCGUAAUAAGAGGUGAGAAUGAGGACGAAGCGGAGAUGGAGACAACUACGAUCUCUGAAGAAGCGACUUUCAUUGCUGUAGCAUUCCCGACCGACAGCGAAGCCUUUUUUCCUGAGUCGGUUAGAUUCAGUUCUGUGCGACCAAUUCCGUUCGGAGACUCUGCAAGGAAGUUGUUUACCACAUCAGGCAUUCCUGGAUCCUACGUUCCGCAGCCCCCGACACAUUCGGCUACAAUCAGCGCACCUGGUGAUGGUGAUGGUGCCCCUUUUCUUUCGACAACCUUCGCUCUUCACACUUCACUGGAGCUGUUCCCAAAGAUGGCUGAACGACUGACGGCCAUGGCCCAGAUUCCGGAGACCCGAAUUACCAGCGGCCCUUUCGAAGAUCCGUUUUCUGAGCCCAGAACGCCUUCCAGUGCCUCAUCACUAGCGCCCUCGAACCUUUCCAUUCAAUUAAGUCAACCACGACCCGCUGAUGAUUGGAACAUCUUCCCUUGGCACACCUUCCCCAAUCUAACAAUAUCUGAGAGGCGCGGGCGCCCCAAGUCUUGGAUUUGGCAGCAUGGCUAUGAUCUUCAAGAGGUCAAAGACCAGAGUCGCUAUAGAUGGGUUUGCCACGAGUGUGUCCGGAAGAAGGAUCCGAAGAUAACUGCCCAUCUUGCAUCAGCGACUACCACCUGGCGUGGAACAAAGUGA